AAUAAAAAGCCGAAUUAAAUUGACCCAAAAAAUACGUAGCUUUGGGUUUGAGGUUUUAAGCCCUCGAGAAAGAUCAUUCUCAUCUUCUGCGUUUUUAACCCUUCAAAACUCCAGCCGCCCUUUUCACUCUCUCAAACUCCGUCGCAUCGCCGUCGCCGGAGUUCCUACCGCCAGCGUCUCCUUUUCUCUUCCUUUUUCCCUUCCCUUUUACCGUUUCCUUUCUCUUCUUCUCCAGCCAAAUUUCCUCUUACGAAAAGAACAAAAAAAAAAAAAAAGGAGAAACGGGUGAUCCAAGUGAGUGAAGAAGAUGUCAAAUCGGCCCGAGUUGCAAGCCCCGCCCGAGAUUUUCUACGACGAUGCGGAGGCUCGAAAAUACACUUCCUCUUCUCGUAUUGCUGAAAUUCAGACAAAGCUUUCUGAGAGAGCACUGGAGCUUCUCGCUUUACCUGAUGAUGGAGUCCCCAGGUUGCUCCUUGAUAUCGGGUGUGGAUCAGGGCUUAGUGGGGAGACAAUAACUGAGAAUGGACACCAAUGGAUUGGCUUAGACAUUUCUCAUUCAAUGCUUAAUGUUGCAUUGGAAAAGGAGGUGGAGGGUGAUUUGUUACUUGGUGAUAUGGGCCAGGGCUUAGGACUUCGACCUGGAGUUAUCGAUGGGGCUAUAAGUAUCUCCGCCGUUCAGUGGCUAUGCAAUGCUGACAAGUCCUCUCAUGAACCAAGAUUGAGAUUAAAGGCUUUUUUUGGAUCAUUAUAUCGAUGCUUUGCAAGGGGAGCAAGAGCAGUGCUCCAAGUAUAUCCUGAAAACCUGGCCCAACAUGAGCUAAUUUUGAGUUACGCAAUGCGUGCUGGAUUUGCUGGUGGUGUGGUUGUUGACUACCCACACAGUACCAAAAGGAGAAAAGAAUACCUUGUCCUCACUUGUGGUCCACCGUCCCUCAGCACAGCCGUUCCCUGUGGAAAAGGCGAAGAUGGAGAGAGUUGCAGUGAUGAUGACAGCAGUGGAGAUGAAGAAAAUCAGACGGUUUCCAUUUCAGACAGGCAUAGACCCAGAAAAAAGCAGAAAAUAAACAAGAAAGGCAAGGGUAGAGAAUGGGUCUUGAAGAAGAAGGAACAGAUGAGAAGAAAGGGAAAUGUUGUGCCCCCAGACACAAAGUACACAGCUCGAAAACGGAAGGCUCGCUUCUGAUGGCUUCAAUAUUAUAUCCAAAAUGCGUUUGAGAUUUUGUUUCAGCUUCUAUUCUAUGCAUCGACCCUUCGUGUCUUCUUGUUCGUAAGAGCUUCCCUUCUCCCUGCUCUUACGAGGCAUUCUUCUUGUGCUGUAGUUUCAAUUUAUGUUAAGAUAAGAUUUUGGUUAAAAUGUGUCAUGGGUUUUUGUACUUUUCGAAUUUUAGGAAUUUAGUCCUUAUAAUAUUAUAUAAAGGAAUUUAGUCCUUAUAGUGUUAUUAUUUAAGAAAUUUAGCUCCUAUAAUAUUAUU